AUGUUGUGGAAAAUAACCGAUAACGUUAAGUAUGAAGAGGACUGCGAGGAUCGCCACGACGCGAGCAGCAAUGGGAACCCGCGCCUGCCUCACCUCUCCUCCGCCGGGCAGCAUCUCUACAGCCCCGCGCCGCCCCUCUCCCAUACGGGAGUCGCCGAAUACCAGCCGCCCCCCUACUUUCCGCCUCCCUACCAGCAGCUGGCUUACUCUCAGUCGGCCGACCCCUACUCGCACCUUGGAGAGGCGUACGCCGCUGCCAUCAAUCCCUUGCACCAGCCCGCUCCCACCGGCAGCCAGCAGCAGGCCUGGCCCGGGCGCCAGAACCAGGAGGGGGCCGGCCUGCCCUCGCACCACGGGCGCCCGGCCGGCCUGUUGCCCCAUCUCUCUGGACUGGACGGCGGCGCCGUGAGCGCACGCAGGGAGGCCUACCGACGCUCGGACCUGCUACUGCCGCACUCUCACGCCCUGGACGCCGCGGGCCUGGCCGAGAACCUGGGGCUCCACGACAUGGCACACCAGAUGGAGGAGGUGCAGAAUGUGGACGACCAGCACCUACUUCUGCAUGAUCAGACAGUUAUUCGCAAAGGUCCUAUUUCCAUGACCAAGAACCCCCUGAGUCUCCCUUGUCAGAAGGAGUUGGUGGGGGCUGUGAUGAAUCCCAGCGAGGUCUUCUGCUCAGUCCCUGGAAGACUGUCCCUCCUCAGCUCUACAUCUAAAUACAAAGUGACAGUUGCUGAAGUCCAGAGGCGGCUGUCCCCGCCUGAGUGCUUAAAUGCCUCAUUACUGGGAGGUGUUCUCAGAAGAGCCAAGUCUAAAAAUGGUGGCCGGUCCUUGCGGGAGAAGUUGGACAAGAUUGGGUUGAAUCUUCCAGCUGGGAGACGGAAAGCGGCUCACGUCACCCUGCUGACGUCUCUCGUGGAAGGUGAGGCAGUUCAUUUGGCUCGGGACUUUGCCUAUGUCUGUGAAGCAGAAUUUCCUAGUAAAUCUGUGGCUGAGUAUUUAACCAGACCUCAUCUUGGAGGGCGGAAUGAGGUAGCAACUAGGAAGAACAUGCUGCUGGCUGCACAGCAAGUGUGUAAAGAAUUCACAGACCUUCUCAAUCAAGAUCGAACUCCCAACGGGAACAACCGACCCACCCCGGUCCUGGAGACCAACAUUCAGAACUGCUUGUCUCAUUUCAGCCUGAUUACCCACGGGUUUGGCAGCCAGGCCAUCUGUGCCGCAGUGUCUGCUGUGCAGAACUACAUAAAAGAGGCCCUGAUAGUCAUAGACAAAUCCUACAUGAAUCCCGGAGACCAGAGUCCAGCCGAUUCUAGCAAAACCCUGGAGAAAUUGGAGAAGCACAGGAAGUAA